AUGAGCCGGGGCAGCGGCAGCGGGGUGAGGAGCGGGAGGCUGGAGCUGCAGCUAAACCUGUCCCCGCCGGCGGCCGUGGGGAUGGAGGUCGGGCAGGACGACAGCGACUCGUCGUCGCCGAGCUCGUGCGUGUCGUCGGACGGGCGGAGCUCCAGCGGCGGCAGCCCCGGGAGCAAGUCCCCGAUGGUGAUCGGCGCCUGCACGCGCUGCCUCAUGUACUGCAUGGUGGCCAAGAAGGACUACCCGACCUGCAUCAACUGCAAGCAGCCGUGCCUCGUGGACCUCCUCCACGGCGAGGCCGGCGGCGCCGAGGCCGACGACAAGAAGCGCGGCAAGCGCAAGUGA